AUGAUAGCUGACAGAGUAGUGAUAAAGAGACAUGGUGAAGGUGCUAAGCAUGUAAAAAAAACUACAGCAGUGCCAGGUCAAUCUUCGAUUGCCACUACAUUUGAAAAGGCUAAGCAGUCCGAUGAUGAAAAAUGCAAAGCAUCUGAGAUAAAGUUGGCCGCUUUUAUGGCAGAACAUAAAAUUUCCCUCAGGGCAAUGGACCACUUAAUUGAUUUAUUGCCCAUUAUGUUUCCAGACUCUCAGAUUGCAAAAAAUAUGAAGAUGAAGAGAACGAAAUGUCAAGCAAUAAUAAACAGUAUUCUAGGAGAAUCGGAAAAGCAAGAUUUGUAUGCAGAUCUAAAGGAGCAUAAAUUCUCAGUCAUGAUUGAUGAAAGCACUGAUAUCGGAGCAGUAAAAACUAUGUGUGUUGUGGUCAGAUAUUACUGUGCAAUAAAAGGUCAAAUAGUGAGCAGAUUUUGGGACCUAAUUCAAAUACAUGGCGAUGAAAUCUCUGCUACUGUGGCUGCCGCCACAGCUCAACAUCUCUUCGAAGCAGAAAUAAAAUCCUUCGAGGAAAAUUCUAUUCCUACUGAAAACAUUAUAGGAUUUGGAUCAGAUGGCUGUGAAACAGUUGGACGAGUUCUGCUCGAUUGGAAAAUACAUGCUCAACAUCUUGACUCUUCCAAACUCCAACGCGGAAUGCGAGAGAAUGUUUAG